AUGCCUUUCCAAAAGAUCCAGAAGACUGCUGCUUACCACUCUCGUUACCAGACUCCCUUCAGAAGAAGAAGAGAGGGUAAGACCGACUACUACCAAAGAAAGAGAUUGGUCACUCAACACAAGAACAAGUACGGUUCUCCAAAGUACAGAUUGGUCGUUAGAUUUACCCACAAGGACAUCAUCUGCCAAAUCAUCUCUUCCACUUUGACUGGUGAUGUUGUGUUCACCUCCGCUUACUCCCACGAGUUGCCAAGAUACGGAAUUGAGCACGGUCUGACCAACUGGUCCGCUGCCUACGCUACCGGUCUUUUGGUUGCCAGAAGAGCCUUGCAAAAACUCAAGUUGGACGAGACCUAUAAGGGUGUUGAAGAGGUCGAGGGUGAGUUCGAGCUCACUGAGGCUGUUGAGGAUGGCCCAAGACCAUUCAAGGUUUUCUUGGAUGUUGGUUUGCAAAGAACUACCACCGGUGCCAGGGUCUUUGGUGCUUUGAAGGGUGCCUCCGACGGUGGUUUGUACAUUCCUCACUCUCCUAACAGAUUCCCAGGUUGGGACAUUGAAGGUGAAGAACUUGAUGCUGAGUUAUUGAGAAAGUACAUCUUCGGUGGUCACGUCGCUGAGUACAUGGAGGAGUUGGCUGACGACGAUGAAGAGAAGUUCAGACAAUUGUUCAAGGGAUACUUGGCUGAUGACAUCGAGGCUGACGCUAUUGAAGACAUCUACUUGGCUGCUCACGAGGCUAUCAGAGAGGACCCAUCUUUCAAGCCAACUGAGAAGAAGUACACCAAGGAACAAUAUGCUGCUGUGUCCAAGAAGUACAGACAAGUUAAGCUUACCAAAGAGGAGAGACAAGCUAAGAUCGCCGCCAAGAUCGCUUCUUUCAAGGCUGAGAACUAA